UUAUUUUGAAAAGACAAACCGGAAGAUGAUUGUUACUCUGGAGGCUGCAGACAGUGAAAAGCCAAACAGCCGGAGCUCCUCGCUGUUAUUGAGCAGCUGUAAUACAGAAAUACAUCACUCUUUUAUCAAGUACGGACGCUUUUCUGUUUGGUGGAGAGUUGGUCUUCCAUCAAGGUUUAUUUUCGAGCCUCCACGAGCCUGUGUGUGUGUCCUCUCUGGGGCUCUGCUCCUCAGUCUCUCCUGGUGUGGGUGACUGCGGCUCUGCGCCUGACCUCUGUGGAUGAAGAUGUCCCUGGCCCAGCGGGUGCUCCUCUCCUGGAUAUUCGCCCUCAUCUUCCUUAUAAUGCUGGUCCUCAAGCUGGAUUCUAAGAUUCAUUGGAACUGGUUCCUCAUCUUCCUCCCUGUCUGGACUUUUGACACCAUCCUCAUCCUCAUGCUGAUAGUGAAGAUGGCAGGACGCUGUAAGCCGGACUUUGACCCCAGAGAUGGAGAGCAGAGUUUGAAGAAGAGGCUGUGGUACCUGACGGCCCUGCUGCUGAAACUGGCCUUCUGUGUGACACUGUGCUCACACCUGGAGAGACUCUUUGAGAUGUGGGUCAGCGUGGUAUGUGUGCCUCUGUGGGUGCUUCUGGGUGGAGCCCUGGUGGAGCUAGGACACAGUGUUUUCCACUACAGGAGAGACUGAACUAGAAGACUCUGCAAUACGUUUUUUAAGGGAAAAGCUUUACAUUCACAAAACUCUCUUGGGAUGCAUCAACUGAUCCAGUGGAUUGGUAUCAGGGACUGUGAAGACUCGAUCAAUUGGAUCAGGUAUCAGUCCGCCCUGGUUGAUCCAGCAUUAAACUGUGUCUAUGUCAUAAUCCACAUUCAGUUUUUGCUCAGUCACUUUAAGUCACAGUGUAGGACAUAGACUUUAGGUGUUAACCGUUAUGCACUUGGUGGUUUAAUAAUGGAAAACAUCAAUAUUAUAAGGCACAAGCGUCACCAAGCUAUUUGGUUCAACUGCAUCUUUGCUAUUCCAGCUGUUGGUCCAUAGUUGGACAGUGUUACUUAUCAGGGUGAGAGCUCAUAUGUUGAGCAUAAAUACUUAUAGGGUAUCUUAUUGUGUGUUAACUGACAGUGCAGACUUAUCAAUCUGCACUAGCUGGCACUGUGUGUCACUGAACCACAUUGUACCUGCUUGUGAAAUCACUGUUAAAGUCUAACACAUCUGUAAAACACUCGCAAACCUCCCAACAUGUCAGCUUACACAUGACUUAUGGCAUGUAUUCAUUUCACCAAGGCUGCAUAAUGUCUACCAAAUUGGAAUAUGUUUAAAGUCCAGAGUGAGAAAUA